CCACCUUAACGACUCGCGCUCUGCACCCCUCGAAGUGAAACGUUGAGCCUUUAACUACCCACAUCAAAAUAUACAAUCAACUGCAUCUACAUAUCCUACAGAGCCCUCACAGCAUCAAAGUGGUCUUCAUCCACCAUGGAGUACCACGCCGUGCCGCCCGAGGAGCGCGCAAGAGAUGAGAAUGGCAACCUCCUUCCUUGGGGCUAUGUUUACAAAGAUGAAUCUCGCAACCCCCGCCGACCACCAGAGGAAUCCGGACCCUUUGGCAAGAGGAGGAAUGCCCGAUACGAAGCCCGAUCGCGAACACGCACCGGAACCCCAGCGAAGCGCGAGAACCCCAAUGUCGCCGAGUUUGGCCGUCUCUUUGCCCAACAGCAAGAAGAAGAACGGCCAGUCGGUCUACCAAAAUCGUCCUCCUCCGGCAGCCUCGACGGCGCGCGCAAGCAGACCGAGAAAGUGGCGACCGAGUGUAUUCUCUACGGGUACAAGGCGAAGGACGUGGAGUGGAAGGUGAUUGAUAAAUACGAACGUAUCUCUCAGGGUAUGAUCUGUGAAGACUACCCGCGCAACGACCCCAACUCUGCGAGCCAGUAUGGCCAGCUGCUCAGUGGCGGCGACGUCGUCAUUCGCGCGAAUCUGUCCGCCGAUGCAAACCGCAAGUCCAAACGCUACGCUGGUGGAUAUCACUGGAUCAAGGUUACUUUCGACUCGACGCAGGCCGCCGAUCGGGCCUGCUUCUACUCGCCGCAAGAAGUUGAUGGGCACUUGGUCUUUUGCGAGCUGUACAAUGGCCAUGGACCGGCCGAGGACAGUGCCAUUCCCACCGACUCUGCAGCUGGUGCUAAGCUGCGCAAUAAAUCCACGCGCACCCUCACAUCCACCCACUCGUCCGCAUUCCUCUCCGGCGCCAGCAUGGACGCGCAACAAUCCUCCUUCACGCUGCCCCGGUCCUUUGGAAUGAAUAACCUCUCUAGCGUGGCCGAGCCCGAAAAAGAACCGUCGUUCGACUCGUCGACUACGACUGCUACCUCCGGCACCGCAACCGCGACGGGGGUCUCUACCAGCUUCGGAUCGUCGGUACACCAGCGCAGCAUGGCUGGCGCAGAACCAAAGCCCGAAUCCGAUUUCAUGACGCACAUCCCCACCGUUCGCCGGACGAAGCUACGCCCGCUGACCGAAGCUCUCCCACCCGGGCCCACGAUGACCGAGCGUGUACUCCGAUCGAUUCCUAUACUUAGUUGGUUCACGGGCGAUAUUGUGGGCGAUGGGCCGCAGUUGAAGGAGGACGGGACCUUUGACCAUGACAAGUCUGGAGUGUACUGGCGGUUUUGGUGGAUGCUGGAUCAGUUGCUGGGUACGGACGUAUGUGGACUGAGGGAGGAGUCUUGAACGAUGAUUGAUUGAGGGGCCUUUUUUCGAAAGAGGUCUGGGCAUCUUCAAUACUCAAUUCGUCAGGUCUACACAACUACAUCCGGCUACAGAGGCUUCCGGUACCCAAAAUCGCGAGCAGCGCCGGCUUGAAGCGGGGACGCUAGGUUACUCCGGAAGGGUGUCCGUGGAGAAACGAAGAGCUUGAUGGGAGGACCAAGCAUAGCAUUCAUUAGGCGUCGUGGUUUUCUUUUCGGUGUAUGAUAGUCCCGCCGGCAUAUUCAUGUCGACGUUAUGAACCGUCCUAAAUGGGACUUUACGCUCUAC